UGUGCGGUUCAAGCAACGGAUAUUGAAACACGGCUUAAUAUAAUAAGAAAACUAAAAGAUUUUUUAAAUAAUAAAUAAAAUAUUUCAGUGCUCCACAAAAAAAAUUAUUUAUAAAUAUAACUAAAACUAAUUAGCAAAAUAAAUAAAAUAGUGCCAGAUAUUACUUUACAUAAGAUCCAACAAAAAAUAGUAACAAUAAUAAGAUAAUAAAAAUAUUACCAACAAGAUAACAAGGAAUAAUACCAAAUCCCAAAAGGAUCGCACCAUUUUCAUAGUGAAAUGCUAGUGACAUCAAAAGACUGCCCGAAAAUACCACACCCAAUACUUGGAUUCCUAUUCAACGUAAUCGGAAGCAACCGGAGUAGCGAUUUCUUAACAAAAAAUCAAUAAAUAUGAAUUUAAAUUGCUGAAAGUGUUCUUUGGCGGGCAUAAAUAAGUAAUAUCGCAUAUGGUUCCACGCGACUGACUGCCCCAGUAUCUUCUAAUCUUUCGCAUAAUUGACAUUUGAUUGGACGUGCCCGGCCAUGAGGACGGCCAACUUGCCACCUGUCUGCUGCGUGCCCAUGCAUUAAAUAGACGGGGAAGCGAGCAGGAAGUCCACCGACCACAGACCACCCACCACCCAUCACCUACCCAAGCACCACCCCAAAAAACCCAAACAGCCCCACACACAUGACCACGUCACGAGCGGCGAAUCGAACGUGACACAUGGCGAUGUACUUUUAUGCCAGUAAGAUAUCAGCCAUCGCCUGCGGGAUGCGUUGCAAGCAGACCGUGCUGCAAAAGUCGCGGGGUCAACGCGAUCGGGACAAAUGUCGCCAGCACCACCAUCAGCAUCCGCACCACCGGCGCCACCAUCGUCGGCGGUGCCACAUUAGCAGUGGCAGCAGCUCCGACAGCGAGUCUGCGGAUGACUGCUGUCCGGAGUUGGGCGAACCGGGUGUGGAUUCGGGAGGAGCCGGCUUACAAGGACCUCCUGGCGGCAUAUUCUCCCUGGACUCGGGACAUCUGACAGCGGAGACGGCUCUUCUCAGCGGCAAUGGGCACAUUCGCUACCGGCGACGACACAGCGCCGAGCAGCUGAGUGCCUACGAUCUGGAAAUGGGGUUUCAACAAAUCGAGCUUGGCAACACAAAAUCGGUUGGGCCGAACAAGGACGAUUUGGUUCAGUAUGAUGUGCCCAAAAAUCCGCACAAGCGCAGCCAAUGUGAUAUUAAUUUUGAGAGCUCGGUUGUGGGGUUUGGUGGCAUUAUGUACAUAAACGGUAAAAUAGUUUCUGGGCCAUUGGACUCCCUCAUCGAUGCACUUUUGCCCAAGGAUGUCUUGGACUUAGAUAAGGAAUUUGUAUUCUCGUUUUUACUAUCCUGCCGCCUGUUCCUGCGACCCCAUGAAUUGCUGGGCAGACUGCUGGACUCGGUACCUGAUAGCGAAUGCUUGGAGUCCUUGGUCGCCCUGCUGGCCGAGUGGACGACAAAGUUCCCCUACGACUAUCGGGAUGAGCGCAUGAUGAGCCAUGUCAAACAUAUCGUUGCCAGAUGUUCCAAUUCGCAUUUGGAAGCCGCUGUCUCCCAAACACUGAGUGCCUUACUAAAACGACUGACUGAUUUAGAGAGACAUGAGGCGGACCUACGAGCCUGCCAGACCAACGAAAAGUCUCCAGUAGAUACUCCACUCAACUGUCCAACGGCCACGCAGUACGCACAAAUCGUUUGUCGGCUGGAAAAGAAAUUGGCCAAACACAUUGGCGGCGAGGAAUUCCUUCAGUGCAGCAGCAUGAUACUGCUCGAUAAACAGAAGAAAUGGGACCAACCAUCCACGUCGGGCGCACCGCCAGGAGCCCAGGAUCCGAAGAAGACGUGCAACCUGGAAACCUAUCUGGAUUGGUCGGCACGUCUCCGUCUGUUUGUCUGCAAUGAGAUACUGCAGAGCGGUGGAAUCGAGGGUCGGAGCCGAACCGUGGAACUCUGGAGUGGUGUGGCACAAUACUGCCUUCUGGUGGGCAACUACAAUAGUGCCACGGCCAUUUUGGAGUCCCUAGAAUCCCCGGCCAUUGCGAGGCUUAAAAUUACGUGGAGUAAAUUGCAAGUGACGUGUCAACAAUUGGACUGCAUGCAACGCCAUGCCGAGGGCCAUGGACAUUUAUGGCAGAAGCAGGCCAUCGUCUUAAAUGAGCAGCAGGAGGGUCUCAAGACUGAUAAGCAGGCCAGGGAGCAGUCGGGGCAAGGAGCAGGUCCUGGGGGCGGAGCUGCCACACCCUCAAUGGCCAUUCCCAUCCCCGACUUGGACGAGAAGCCCUCGACAAGUGGGCGAGUGGCUGGCAUUACAGGCACUUCCGCUGCAACAAUAGAAGCAGCUCUGGUGCCUGCGGCUGGCAACAGCAAUGUGGAGACUGCAGCAGCAGCAGCAACAUGUACGGCAGCAGCAUCAGCACCAAUGGCGGCAACAACCACACCAUUAGCAACAACGGGCAAGCCAAAUGAUUGGGUUGUUAUUCCAGUGUUUGCGGAUAUUGUUAAACUGGCAUUGGGCGAGCGUGAGAACUGUUUGCAGCGCUUAGCAAAUGGCCACAUCAAUAUGGCUGCCUUCGAUCGAAUGGCGGCCAUUGUUGGGGCAUUCACCAAACACAUGCAGGCGAUGAAGGCGGCACAGGCGCCAUCUAGCGGGGAGUACGAGCACUUCUGCCGGCACAUGCAGCAAACUUCAAAACUUGGCGAGGCGGAAUUAAUGAUGGCUUCAUUCGACUGCGAAGAACCUAAUAAUGCUGAGAAGCUGAUGUACGACUUAAACUAGUCGUGUACUUUGGUACAUAUUUUGGCUUAGCUAAAUAAUACCGACUAAGAAUGCAUUUAAUGGUAACUAAAACAGAAACUGUAAAUAUAUGUUAAGUCGAGCACUUAGGGACGUAAGGUGUUAAACGAUAAGUAGCUAACAAUAAACAAAUUAGCUGUAAAAACUAUUCAA